AGAAAGAAAUGUACAGUCUACACAGCUGACCAGAGAGCUAGUGCAAGCGAUCUAGCAAGUUUUAAUCUUGGAAGAAGCCAGCUAGGCGCGUGAAUAUGGAUCGCCUCACUGUGAUGGCGCCGCCGCUGCUCGUCCUCCUCCUGCUGCUCCUCUCGCGGUGCUCGGCGGCGGCGUCACGGCGCGGCGGGGGCUGGUGGGAGGAGGGCGAGGGGGAGUGGAGGCCGAGCGAGGAGGAAGAGAAGGGCAAAGGCAAAGGGAGGGGGCUGUUCCUGCUGCACCGGGUGGAGAAGGUGGUGGAGUCGGAGGGCGGGCAGGUGCGCGUGGUGCGCGGCCAGCCGUGGCCGCCGGCGUCCUUCGCCUGCCGCGAGGGGCUCAUGCACAUCGGCUUCAUCACCAUGGAGCCCAAGACGCUGUUCGUGCCGCAGUACCUCGACUCCAGCAUCACUCUCUUCGUGCAGCGGGGGGAAGCGAAGGUUGGGUAUAUUCACAAGGACGAGCUCGUGGAGAGGAAGCUCAAGAUGGGCGACGUCCUCCACAUCGACGCCGGCUCCACCUUCUACAUGGUCAACCCCGGCAAAGGCCAGAGGCUGCAGAUCAUAUGCAGCGUGGACGCCUCCGAUAGCCUUGGCUUUGGACCUCCUUAUCAGGCCUUCUUCCUCGGCGGCGCAGGGGACCCGGCGUCGGUCAUUGCCGGUUUUGGGCCGAAGACGCUUACCCGUGCCUUCAACGCCACCUACGACGAGUUGGCGCGUAUCCUGUUGCCACGAACCGGCGGCCCCAUCGUGUACUACACCGCGGACGCGGAGCCAGAGAGCGGUGCCGCCGAAGAGGAGCGCGGGCAGGUCGACGGGCACGACGGUGUGCUGGACAGGGGAGCGCGACGCGAGGGCGCCGGCGCGUGGGUGCCGGGUGGCAGGGGAGACGGAGGCGACGAGUGCGGCGGCAGCGAUGACGCGCGUGAGGCGACGUGGUGGUGGACGAAGCUGGUUAACAGGGUCGUCGGAGGGGCGGCUGGCGGCGGCGGCGCUGCGGAGGCGAACAGGAAGGGCAAGAAGAAGAAGGGCGGCGCGCCGGAGCCGUACAACCUCUACGACAGCGAGCCCGGGUUCCGGAACGCGUACGGCUGGACCGUCUCCGUCGACAAGCACCAGUACGAGCCCCUCAAGCACCCGGACAUCGGCGUCUACCUCGUGAACCUCACCGCGGGGUCGAUGCUGGCGCCGCACGUGAACCCUCGGGCGACGGAGUACGGCGUGGUGCUGGGCGGGGAAGGCACGGUCCAGGUGGUGUUCCCGAACGGGUCCCUGGCGAUGAGCGAGGUGGUGCGCCCCGGCGACGUGUUCUGGAUCCCGCGCUACUUCCCCUUCUGCCAGGUGGCGGCGCGGGCCGGGCCCUUCGAGUUCUUCGGCUUCACCACCUCGGCGCGCCGCAACCGGCCGCAGUUCCUGGUCGGCGCCUCCUCGGUGCUCCGUACCAUGCUAGGGCCGGAGAUCGCCGCCGCGUUCGGCGCUCGCGAGAAGGAGUUCAGUAAGCUGGUGCGUGCGCAACGGGAGGCCCUGAUUAUGCCGUCCUCUCCUGGGAAGGAGGAGGAGGAGCAUGGGAAGAAAGGGAGGGAGAAAGAGGAGUCACUGCCGAUGGUUGUCGAGCAGGCGGCGGCGGAGUGAGCUGCUUGAUCUUUCAGUCUUGGACUCUUGGCUUCCUCAGAAGCGCGCGCGCGCCACCGGAAAGUGUUUCUACUCUUGUUACUGCGCCUUGUCAGUGAUCGUGUUGUUGGUUUUUUUUUUCGUGGCGCCGUCUAUAAAUAAAAGUGCUUUGUGCGUUUACAGCUAUGAAAUCAGGAUUAUCAUCCGUAACUCGUAAGCUGGACGCCAAUGCUCCCGGCCGGAUAAUAGAAGCAGAGAUGAUUUACGUAGAAGCAGAAAUGAUUUACAUAA